AGGCAUGCUCCCCUUUGUUUAAGCCAUCCCAAUACUGAAAACCCUAGCUCAUUUCCUCUUGCUAUGGCCUCCAUUGCUCUAUCUGCACUUGUUUUCUUGCUUUCUUUCUCCUCUUCCCACCUUGCUUCAGCCCAUGUCGUUGAAGACCAAAUCUCUUGCCUGGAUUGCACCAAGCAUCAAGCUCAUGGUGUUGGACUGGUCAUCAAAUGCGACAGUGAGAAGCCAAUCCUAGCGGUGACAGACCGCACCGGUUCUUUCAAAGCCGAAAUCACAACAAGCAAAACCAGUGCUCCUCUUGAAGACACUUGCUAUGCGAGCCUUCUCGGUCCCCGCAACAAGCUAUGCUCAUUCAAGAAUAACCAGGCUUCAAAGUUUGUGAAAAGUGCUAAAUAUCACAAAGAUCCAUCAUCUUCAUACUACGCACUCUUCACUCCAUUGAGCUUCUCCUCCUCUGACUGUGUCUCAAUGGCUAACAGAAAGAUAAAGCCUGAUUUCAAGGUAGAAGACACAAAGCAAGAUGGUAGCAAGUCUUCCAAAACUAUUGAUCUUCCUGUGCCAAGAGAAUGGGGUUUGGCUCCUACUAGCUACUAUUUUUAUCCUAUUAUACCAAUUGGAAUACCAUAAGUUUUAAGUGUAGGUCUUCUAGACUACUGUAAAAAUAUCUAUAGAUCAAAUGCUUGUAUUGCAUGGGAAGCCUAAUGAUCUAUAGUUUGCCAACUUGAGAGAAUAAUUAGGUUUUUAAUUGGCUAAGUGUGAUGCCUAUAGAUGGGUUUUAUGCAAGUUGGUGGUGUUUUAAAGUGUGUUGGUAUUGAUUAUAUAUUUCAUAUGUUUGUUGUGAUAAUAUCAAAAGGAGUGUUUGAAUAUGGAGUCCAAAGACCAUGGGACACUAUCAUGUCAUAUACUAAAUUCAGCUGUCCUUGUUUGUUCAUCUUA